CGUGGGCGUGGCCAGUUCUCGCUGCAGAGGUCGCGCUCGGGCUCUCCGGUCCGAGGCUGCGGGCGAGCAGGCGGCUGCGCGCGCAGCCCAGCGCAGGCUCCUCCCCUGCCAGCCCCGUAGCGCUUGAGUGGCUUGCUGCUUCUCCGCCCUCCGAGAUGGCGCUGGACCCCGCAGAGCAGCAUCUGAGACACGUUGAGAAAGAUGUUCUGAUCCCAAAGAUAAUGAGAGAAAAGGCCAGAGAAAGGUGCUCCGAACAAGUUGAAGAUUUUACCAGAUGUUGCAAGGACUCUGGGAUCCUUAUGGUAUUAAAAUGCCGGAAAGAGAAUUCUGCAUUGAAAGACUGUCUAACUGCUUACUAUAAUGAUCCAGCCUUCUAUGAAGAAUGCAAACUGGAGUAUCUCAAGGAAAGGGAAGAAUUCAGAAAAACUGGAGUUCCUACCAAGAAAAGGCUACAGAAGCUUCCCACAACCAUGUAGGCCGCGAGUUCACCAGGAGUCCCAUCUCACGGAAGCCGGUUACCACCUAAACCAGAAACGAUGGGCUGAAACAGUGCUUGCUCACCCUGAUCAUGAAAAUAGUGAUUUUUUAAAAAUAAAAUAAAAAUAUUUAUUCCAGAGUUCUGGUUUAUUAAAUAUGAAAUAGGGGAAAAAUAAAUAUAUUGUUCUCCUGGUCUUACCCCAAGUUCUGUAACUCUGACUGCAAUCACAGUGCUAACUGUCAGAGUUUCCUGUGUGCAUUUCCUUCUGAUGGCGCAGGCCGAUGGCUAGUGCGGGGUCAAAGGACUACAGCAAAGGAGGAAUGGACCGCCUUCAACACUGCUAAUGGGAGCAGCUGAACCAGAGCUUUCUUCACUCCACCCCUUAGUGCGCCAGCCUCUGUGAUGGCGAUAACCUAGCCAGCACUGCCAUCAGAGGCUUAUGUGAAAACAGAUGAGAUUUGGUGAAUUAUUUUACUGAAACCUUUCAUAGAAAAGUUCCUGCAUUGUUUCUUGAUCUUUUGAACUUGGCUACUGAAGAUACUGUAUAAUCUUGGAUUUUAAGAAGUUGGCAUUGUUAAGUGUGAACUUCUGCUUUGUAAUAUUGAGGGUUUGGGAGGAACUGUGGUUUCUCUUUUAGUGUGUUACCCUAGUCUAAGCUUUUUAUAUUAAAAACUAUUUUAAAAAAA